AUGACAGGAUCGUCAUCGCUGAAGAUGGAAAUGCACUUGGGGCCAGCCGAGGUCGUCGGCGGGCGGCGGUGGCCAGAGCAGUCGGAGGCGGAGCGGUACAUCGGCAUCGACAUCGACAUCGACAUCGACGUCGACAUCGACAUCGACAUCGACAUCGGCAUCGACAUCGGCCUUGACUGUACAUUGCCCGAUGUUGGCGGGUCUGGCGGUGCGCUGACAAGUGGUGUGCUCAUUGCAUACAAGACGAGCGGGCGGACGAUGCGGAUGAAGGUGGUCGCUGCGGGUGAGGGCGGGCCGGACAUCGGGAGUGUCGAACUCCACUUUCCGCCGACGCUCAAGCCAGCACAGAUCCUCCUCCGCUCGCCGCCGUUCAAGUACUCGCGCAAGCUCGAGGGAGAGGUCCAUGUGACGGUGGUGAUCACGCCUGCACGCGGCGAGGCCAGUGCCGGGCUGGCGCCAAUCUCGACUACGCUGGUGUUGCAGCCGAGCGAACCGCCGGUCUCGCGCAAGAUAGAGGUCGCGUGGGACACUGCUGCGCCGUCGGGCUACAACAGCGGGAGCAGCGCAAGCGCAGCGCACACCGCGCCGGUCGGCUGGGCGUGCCGCAGAUGCACCUUUGUCAACUCUGUCGGCGCGGCAAUGUGCGAGGCGUGCGGCGAAGUGAGGGUGAAGCGGCCGGACGGCGGCACGCCGGGCACGCCGAUCUCGCCGCUCGACACGCGGCGUGCCUUUCCAUCAGAGAGCUCGCUGGCAUCAGCAGAGUCGGCCAUUUCGUUAGCGGAUCUCGCGGAUGGGUGGGUGCCGACGACGUCGGCCGAGGAGGUGCUGGCCGGCGACGUGGCUGAGGCCGAGUCGCGGCUGAUGGCCAUCCUUGAAGCUGGGCUUGCUCCGUUUGCCGACGCCGACUUUCCGCCGACAGACGUCUCACUCUACGGGGGCAACAUGACCGAGGCGCUCAAGGCGGUUGAUGGACGCGAGAAGAUGUGGGCGCGGCCGCAGCACAUCCGGCGGGCAGGGCGGCAGGGAUGGCGACUGUUCGCAUCGGGACUAGGCGCAGCGUCGUCGCAGGACAUCGAGCAGGGCGCGCUGGGCGACUGCUGGUUCCUCUCUGCGCUGGCGCUUGUUGCUGAGCGGCCGGGCUUGCUCGAGCGCAUUGUGCUCACGCCCGAGCUCAAUUCCGAGGGCGUGUACUCGUUCCGGUUCUGCAAGGACGGCGAGUGGCGGGUGGUGACGGUCGACGACUGGCUGCCGGUCGAUGCCAACUCGGGCCGGCUGGUGUACUCGCAGGCGGCGCGGAACCAGCUCUGGGUCCCACUUGUAGAAAAGGCGUACGCCAAGCUCCACGGCAGCUACCGCGCGAUUGCUGGCGGCGUCUCGACGGAAGCGCUACAGGAUCUGACCGGCGCACCGACGCUCCGAGUCUCGCUGGAGACGACGUCGGCGUCGGCACCCGACGAGCUCUCUGCGGAAGAUCCGGAGCUCCUGUGGGGUCAGCUGCUCUCGUGGCACGAGUCGGGCUACCUGGUGGCGCUCUCGUGCGGGCGGCACGGGCUGAGCAGCGAGGUGUAUCAAAGUGUCGGACUCAACGACAACCAUGCGUACUCGUUGCUCCAGCUGCGGUCUGUUGGCUCGCUGUGGCUGAUGCAGAUCCGCAACCCGUGGGGCGGGAGCGGGCGGGCGAGCGAGUGGCGCGGCGACUGGAGCGACCACUCGGCGCUGUGGACAGCAGAGAUGCGGCGCGAGCUCGAGGUGUACUCGGAGGCGUCGGAGGACGGCAUCUUCUGGAUGUCGUUUGAUGACUUUCUGCGGUACUUUGGCGCGGUCUCGGUCUGCAUGCUCAACAGCGCGUGGCACGAGUAUCGAGUCCCGCUCGCCACCAAUGAGCUGGUGGCCGCUCCGUGGACGGCGUCAGCCUUUGAAGUGACAGUUGCGGCGCCGACCUGGGUGGCGUUGGAGAUCCUGCAAGCGUCGGACCGCCAAUUUGAUGAGGCGACGGCGUACGCAUACAUUGCCAUCGGCGUGCUGGUGGCCAAGCGGCGCGGGCCCGGGCUGUAUACCGUGGUAGGGAGCGUGUCGCCGCUGGCGCGGCGGUCGCGAACCAUGGACGUCCUGCUCGACGAUCCCAGCGCCGAGUACGUGGUCCUCCCGAUGGCGCCCGAUCUGAGCGGGCGGACCAAACUGACGCUCGCUCUCUCGUCGGCGCACCCGGUUGUCAUCCGUGAGGCCGAGACCAACGCCAACGUGGCGCGGCGGGUGGUGGCCGACCUCGUCGCCCGCCGCGGCUCGCCGGCCGACUACGGCGAGGGCAUGACGCUGUGGACGUACGUCUUUGGCGCCAUGUUUUUUAUUCUCGUCAUCAACGGCACCCGCGGCAAGUCGAUCGACAUUGCUGUCGACGCCUCGGCCUCGACCAACAUGCUCUCGCUCCGGGCUGGCUCGAUGAACAGCUCGGACACGCUCGGCCCGCAGACUCGCAUGAUUGUCAUGGCUGGCACCACCAUCGAGGCGUACACCUCGUGGGCCGCCGCGUACGCCACCCGCUACACCACUCGGCGACUGCGGGGAUUGGCAGCCGCAGCCACCCGCCACGAGCCGUCCGAGAGCCACGAUGGGCUCUUUGCCGAGAUCCAUGACGUCGAGUAA